AUGAAGCUGAACGAACGGAGCGUGGCCCACUACGCCACCUGCGACUCACCCGCCGACCAUGCCGGCUUCCUCCGCAAGCGGCACCACCACCAUGCCCACCACGCCACAUCCUACCAGCGCCGCUGGUUUGUUCUCAAGGGCAACCUCCUCUUCUACUUCGAGGAGCAGGAGAGCCGGGAGCCCAUGGGGCUGGUGGUGCUGGAGGGCUGCACCGUGGAGCUGUGCGAGGCCGCCGAGGAGUUCGCCUUCGCCAUCCGCUUUGAUGAUGCUGGUGCCAGGGCUUACGUGCUGGCGGCCGAUGGGCAGGCUGCCAUGGAGGCCUGGGUGAAGGCACUCUCACGGGCCAGCUUCGACUACAUGCGGCUGGUGGUGAGGGAGCUGGAGAAGCAGCUGGAGGAGGCCUGCAAGAGCUUGGCUGCUUGCCGCAAGUCUCCACGGAGGUCCUCCUCCUCCAGCAGGAAGAGGCACCUCUCCAACCCUGCCUUGCUCCCCCUCCAGGAGAAGCCCCCUGUCCUGGAGAACGGUUACUCCACAUGGG